AUGCCCGACCAAGACCCCAGAGUGGCUUCGGCCGAACAGGUUGCUGUUGAUGUUUCGGCAUCACCAGAGCCACAGCAGCAACAGACGCCAGAGAUCGCGAAGCCCAAGCGCUUCCAGGCCUUCUUCAGCUUUUUCCAGCUGCUGUUCUACGCCGGACCAACAUGGAUUGACGUCACACUCUUCGUUGUGGGCAGCAUCACCGCCGUGGCGGCCGGCGUGCCCUUCCCCAUCAUGGGAAUUCUAUUUGGCCAGCUCAUUGACGACAUGAAUGGCGCAACGUGCGCCGAGGGCGUUGGCGACGCGGACGCGUACCAAGCCGCUGUAGACGACAAGGUGCUCAAGCUCGUAUACAUCAGCAUUGGCAGCUUUGCCCUGAUCUACUGCUACACCACCUCCUGGAGCGUGCUGAGUCAGAGGCUCGCGCAGCGCUUCCGGGAGAAAUACUUCCAGAGCCUGCUUAGACAGGAUGUUGGCUUCUUUGAGAGCAGGCAGGCGGGCGAGGUGUCCUCGCGCCUGAACUCUGAUAUCCAAACCAUCCAGACUGGAACAUCCGAGAAAGUCGGCAUGUUCAUCGCGACUAUUUCGUUCUUCGUCACGGCCUACGUCAUUGGCUUUAUCAAGUAUGCCCCGUUGGCGGGCAUGUUGGUAUCCCUUAUCCCCGCGUACUUGAUCUCGUCUAUUGUUUGUGGCGGAUAUGUUCAGAAAUGGACGGGGACCAUGUCUGACGGCAUGGCGAAAGCUUCAUCGAUCGCAUCCGAGGCUCUGUCCCAUGUCGCAGUGGUUCAGGCCUUUGGUGCAGGGCCUCGCCUGGAAGCCAAAUUCUCGUCGCAUGUCAUGGUAGCCCAGAAAGAGGGCAUCAAGAAGGCUGUCGCUGCUGCUUCCCAGGCCGGACUGUUGUACUUCAUCGCCUACUCUGCGAACGCACUCGCGUAUUGGCAAGGUAGCAAAGCCAUCGCAGCGUCUGUAGCCGGAACGGGCGAUGGCACCUCUGUGGGUGACAUUUACACGGUUGUAUUCCUCAUCGUGGACGCUUGCAUCAUGCUCGGCACCAUUGCACCCCUACUACCCCUUUUCGGCUCGGCAUCCGCUGCAUUCCUCAAGCUCCGAGCAGAUAUCGAUUUGCAAUCCAACAUCGACUCCGUUACCGAAGAGGGUGAAAAGCUACCCUCGAGUAUCACUGGCACGGUCGAGCUGCGCGGUGUUACCUUCGCCUACCCAUCGCGCCCCGACACGGACGUGCUCAAGAACGUCUCUCUCACGUGCCCCGGUGGGAAGUACACUGCUAUUGUUGGCCUCUCGGGAAGUGGCAAAUCGACGAUCGCCGGUCUGGCCACGAGAAUCUAUGAUCCCAAAGAAGGCACAGUUCUCAUCGACGGCCACGAUAUCCGUACUCUGAACGUGAGAAACGUGCGCAGUUAUAUCAGUCUUGUCCAGCAGGAACCAUCCCUUCUGGACCGUUCUGUGCUUGAGAACAUUGCGCUCGGCCUCGUGAACUCGCCAAAGGAGGAACACCAGAGGCUCAAGGAAGCGCUCUACGGGCCCAAGCUUGGGAAGCUUGCCGAGGACCUCAUGAAGGGUGCGGACCUCAACACCGCAGCCCAGGCAUACGGACCCGAAGUCGUCGAGAUUGUCAGGCUCGUGCAGGAUGCGACCGAGUUGGCCGAUGCAACCACCUUCAUCGCCCGUCUCAAACAUGGGUUUGGAACGGCCGUCGGCAACGGUGGCAAGCUCAACAUCCACACCGUCGAAGAUGACGAGGCACCCUCCCGCACCAGCGUCGACGUCGAAUCCUCAGCCGCCUCGGUCGACAUCGAAAAACGUGGCGUUGACCCAGCGGAUCUCGUCAAGGCCAUCGAGACAGGAGCAGGAGAGAAAGAGUCCGAGGAACCCAAGAAGGCCAAAAAGAACAAGAAGAAAACCGCUGCAGAAGAGCUGCAGAAUGGUGGCCUCGACACCGACAAGUCGACCUGGUGGAUCACAAAGCGAAUCAGCGUCAUGGUCCGUCCCCAUAUCCUCUGGCUCCUUUUGGCUGUCGUCGCCGCCUUCAUCGUCGGCUGCACCUACAGCGCGUCCGGCACGGUUUUCGGCCACGCCAUCGGCGUCGCUAGCCCUUGCAACGAGCCUAGCUACAUCUCCAGUAGGGGUGCCUUCUUCGCCGGCCUGUUCUUCAUGGUUGCCUGCGUCGAGCUCGUCGCGAACCUGGCCAGCUGGUCCGCCUUUGGCUACAUCGCCGAGAAGCUCCUCUACGCGAUCCGCGUGGGCUCGUUCCGCUCCCUCUUCUGCCAGGAGCUCGAGUGGCACCAGUCCGAGAACCGCAACCCCACGACGCUCCUGUCCGUUAUCACCAACGAUGCCGCGGCCAUUGGUGGUUUCAGUGGCUCCAUCAUGGGUACCAUUUUCGCUGUUGUCGUCAACCUCAUCGUCGCCAUCAUCUACUCCCACAUCCUGGCUUGGAGAAUCGCCAUCGUGUGUCUCGUCAUCAUUCCCAUCCUGCUGGGUUCGGGCAUCAUGCAGAUCCGAGUCCUUUCCAGAUUUGAGGAAAAGCAUGCCGGAGCGUACGCCCAAGCCGUCGGUAUCACCGUUGAAUCCGUCAACUCCAUCAAGACCGUCGCCACCCUUUCUCUGGAACACGAGGUCCUUGGACAGUACAAGCGCGCCCUCAAAGGACCUAAGAAGGAGAUCAUCUCCGCCAGCGCCAUCGCCAAUAUCUGGCUUGCUAUCGCAAACAGCACGGGUAACAUCAUCUACGCCUUCGCGUACUGGUGGGGCUCGAAGCAGAUCAUCCAGGGCAACGCAACGCAAACCGAGUUCUUGAUCAUUCUUGUCGCCAUGCUCGUCGGCGCCCAGCUCUGGGGCCAGAUGUUCAGUCUCGCGCCCGAAGUGACGCGCGCCAGGAUGGCGGCCUCCCGUAUCUUUAGUCUGCUCGACCUCGAUAAGUCCGAGAACACCAAAGAGGACGGAUCUUCUUUCAAGGGCAAGGAAAAGGACGUCGAGGCCCUCGCCAAAUCCAAACCCGGCCCCUCCCCGGGCCGAGGCGGCGUGUCCGUCACCUUCAAGGACGUGUCCUUCUCCUACCCCGCCCGCCCGGAGGUCCAGAUCCUCGACAACAUGUCCUUCACCAUCCAGCCGGGCCAGUUCUGCGGCCUCGUCGGGCCCUCAGGCGCCGGUAAGUCCACCGUCAUGGCCAUCGUCCAGCGCAUGUACACCCCCAGCGCCGGCACGAUCGAGAUUGACGGCGCCGACAUCUCCAAGUUCUCCACCACCGACUUCCGCGACGACAUCGCCGUCGUCCCGCAGGACAGCGCCCUCUUCGACGGCAGCGUGCGCUUCAACGUCGGCCUCGGCGCGCGCACAGGACAGGACGCCACGGACGCCGAGAUCGAAGAGGCAUGCCGCCUCGCCAACAUCCACGACGUCGUCGCCGCCCUCCCGCAGGGGUACGACACAGAAUGCGGACCCAACGGGUCGCAGCUCUCCGGAGGCCAGCGCCAGCGCAUCGCAAUCGCAAGGGCUCUUGUCAGGAAGCCACGGCUGCUGCUGCUGGACGAGAGCACGAGCGCGCUCGACGCCGAGAGCGAGAGGGCGCUGCAGGACGGGCUGGAGCGCGCGGCACGUGGCAUCACUGUCAUCGCCAUCGCUCACAGGCUGCACACGGUGCGCAAGGCAGACGUCAUCUUCGUUGUCGAGGCGGGCGGCAUCGCCGCCAAGGGCCGGCAUGAGGAGCUCAUGGAGAAGAGCGAGAGUUACCGCCUCAAUGCGAUGCAGCAGAUGCUUGGUCACUGA